AUGGCAGACACAGAGGAAAUCACCAUCUCCCAAGCUCAAGCACCAUUCGAUGAUCUUAGUAAUGGUGAUAUCAUCCUCCGUUCAGCCAAUGGUGUCGAUUUCCAUGUCUUUAAGCUCAUUCUUUCACUCAUGUCACCCGUAUUCAAAGAUAUGUUCGCGAUACCGCAAAGCGAAUCGCCAUCAUCCCACCACUCUCGAACCCCUUCUUCUACUUUGCUAUCCUGCCGCCACCCCAACCUCGGCAGCUUAGAUGAUGCAAAGGCUGUGAUAAAAGCAGCUAGCAAGUAUGACAUGCAAGCAGCCCUCAGCCGUGCGGGAGACCUCGUGAUGGCCCAGUUUUUACCAAAUCACUGUCUUGAGUUAUACGCUCUCUCUUGUCAAUUCGGGUGGCCGCAUCAUGCGCGGACAGCCGCUACUCGGGCCCUUGAGAUCAAGGAUCUAGGACGACCUAGCCAUAUGUUUAAUGGUUUGCGGGACAUCACUGCUUUGGAUUUCCACAGGCUCCUGGAAUACCAUUAUAAAUGUGGCAUCGCCACUCAAGCAGUCGGGAAUUCUCUUUCCUGGCUAGAGUCUUCAUUUAAAUCUAUGCAAAUGUGGAAAGAGUGCAGCAGAUGCAGAAAUAGCACGCCGAUCAUGACAGUAAAAAAGGACUCUGUUGCCCCCUGGUUCCAGGAAUAUCUGGUUUCCAGUGGGAGAGAGUUGUUGGCAAGACCUUGCGAGUCAACCUUGCUAUUGGAGCUUUCGCAUUACAAUCGCGCUAUUAUCAAAGCGGUUGAGUGCAGCUCUUGCCGAACCCAUGUCCUCGAGGACAUGCACAAAUUCCGCGCUUUAUAUAUCGCACAAGUUAAAAAGGUGAUCGCAACUGUGAUUUUGGAGGCUGAUGCUGAUUAA